AUGCUACAAUCAAAGUCUAUCUUCGCGAUUUUGCUCGCCUUAAGCCUUCUCUUUAGUGAAGCUCACGGAUUUUGGUGGAACAUGAAAGUUAUCGGCUAUGCAAGAGUCCCCCCAGGAACGGCUAGUCUUAUAAAUGCAGACAACAAAGUACAUAUAGAGGAACGUCCAGACUAUGAUAUUUUAGGACGUGGCUUUUACUUAGGACAAGAACCUAGUUAUAGUCAUCUUGGCGAGGGAGAAGAAGGGUUUUGGUAUUGUGCUAUUAAAGCAAGAGACUGGAAUAUGAAAAAUAUCAACAAAGUCUUUGUCCCGGAACGAUAUUGGAUCGGCGGACUAUUUAAAGAAGUAAAUCUGGAAGCCUAUCUUAAGUGGUUGACCAACAAAAAGCCUGAGAAACAGCUGCGCUUCACGUUUAUUGAAAGGAGCGAUACGCAGAUGCAGAUGCUUAUUCCAAUCAGUAUGAUCAAUAAUGAUGAUUUGGAUCUGUGGGCUCAAUGCUAUGAAUCAGAACAACAGCUAAGGGAUUCUUCGAAGCAUUUCAAGGAUUUCAUUAAAUGGAGUAGUAAGUGGUUUUUUUGA